GAUCGAUGAACCCGAGGAAUGAACGUUCGUAUCUACGUAUCGGCCGGUGGUGAAUCGUUUUUUUCGUUUCCAUGAAUCGGUGAGGGCAAACAGAAGAGCAGUGCGCGUAUGGACACGUGUUCACGAAUGAAAGGAACAAGACGUGGUAGUUUUCAAGCGAUCGAGGUUCCUUGGAAACAAGUGAAGAGCAAUUGAAAUUAUGGAUAGAGUACAAACAAAUUUAAUGUGUCACUAUUUUCUGCUACUUGUUUUCGUUUCUCAUGUAACAAGUGAACCGACUUUCGACGAGAUUGAUAUACUUCCGGAAUCCGAUAAAUAUGACGACACAUCUGCAAUCGGCACUGCUGUUCAAACGUACAGAAAUCCGAGAAUGUAUCGACGCGGUUACCAGGAGGAUCACGGAUCAAUGUAUCAGAAUAACCACGAUGACCACGAUGAUGAUGAUCACCAUGCAAUGAAAGAGGAAGAAUCCGAUAUGAAAUCCAUGAGAUCAAAAGUCGAUUAUUGGAGUGGUUACUAUGACUUUUUGAUAAACGAAGGAAGUUAUAAAUUCUGGGCUGUAUUUCAACUUGCCACUGCAGCUCUCCUCAUCUACAGCGGUUUCGCGGCGCUUUAUUACGCCAAGGUUAAUCCUCCAACAAUAGACGAUGAAUUCGACGAUAUUUUACGUCGACGACGAAGACGAAGACGCAGAGCAUUGUCCAUCUCUCCACGAGAUAAAUCAUUUUGCGGCUUGGACAGUGCUACAUAUCAAAGGAUAAUCGACGCGAUUGCUAGAAAAAUUCACUGACGAUGAAGAGUUUAUCAAUGAACUUUGUCUCGUUAAAAAUAAUAUUUAUAUAACGAUUGUAUUACGAUAAUUUUGACAGAUUCAAUCA